AUUGAUUCUCAACAUUAGACUUUUGAUUGCUCAACCGGACAACGUAAAUCUGUACUGACAAUUUUGGUUUCUUCUUGAUUUAUGAUUUUGGAAUCUUUUGCACGACAACAUUGUCGAAUUAUUGUCAUUUCGUUUGCAAAAACUCAAAAUGUCUUCAAACAUUGUUUCGUCAGCAUGUCCAUGUUUCUUGCUUGGUCUGACAACCUUUCAAAAAGUUUGCUCCUAUGUUUUGCUUCUCUCGUCUAUCAACUAUUUCUGCAACUCGCAUGAUGCCAAAGCCAUCUGCGUCCAGGCAUUGAAACUCUCUUCGUCGCAACCAUUCCGUGGUGGAUGUUCUGGUGGUGUCACUGCCCCCACUCAGACGCAGACGGUGGUUGUGGGGGAAGAAGAUCGUCGUGGCGACGCUGAGUCGCGUCCUCGUACUGGCAAUUCAGCAAGUAGAAGCUCGAGUCGAAUUACCUCGGUCUUCCAUCCCGCGCCGCCGCGACGCGCUGGCGCGGUGGUCACCACGACAUCAGGUGCUGAUACACGAGCAGAGCCGAGAUUUUGCAAGAAUAAACCUGCUCCACCCAACAAGAGUAGCAGCAGUACCAGUAGCACUUCCACUUCGACCGCCGGUCAGAGGAAUCUUCUAGAUAAAGUGCCUACUACUUGUGAUGUUACAUCAGCAACGCGCGCGGCAACCGCCUCUGGGCGAACUGGUGCUUGCCCCGACCGCAGUGCCGCUAGUGAAUUUUUACCCUGUAGUGGUCGCAGCGCCGAGGCAUCUUCCGGUAGCAACAGAGACUCCCCCGUCCUCGAGAGAAACUCGCAGCGAAGAAAAAAGCAUAAGCAGCCACAAUCACAAAACCAACAUAAGCAGGAAAACGAUGACGCUCCUGAGGUUGUUGAUUAUUCCGCACAUUUUCGCCACGCCCGCGUCGGACCGAUUUUGCCGCCAAGCGACCUUUUCAAUUUUCUGACACCGUGGCCGUGGCCGCAGGAUUCGCACACUCGUACCGAUGCGAGCGCAUCCUCGUCCGAUAGUGGACGUGAAGCCGAAAAGCAAAAAAACAAACACGAUGCGCGAGGACUGCAGAAGCCACCGCAAUGCGACAUCGACGGGGAGGUUGUCUGCGAAAGAUAUAUUCCCAGCGAACAAGAUGAGGAGAUGACGUCUUCCUGUACCGCCACUGUUUUCUCGCUAUUUUGGGGCCCCUGCCACCGUAGUGGUCAUGGAGGUUCGGGUCUUGAUGUUUACAGAAAAAAUAUGGAAUGGAAACAGGUGCUGUUACAUCAUCUUCGCGAUUGGGCGGCUAUUUGUCAUGACGGCAAACCAGCAGACUUCUAUGUCUAACAAUCACUAUCUUACUUUCCCACCAGGACUCCAAAACCGAAUCAAGCCCAACACACUUCUCGAAAAUGCAUGCGCAUUGUGCACCCCAUUCCAUAUUCUUUCCCUACUCGACAUCGGAAUCCGAUCUGCAACGACCACUUUUGCUACAUAUUGUCGACUGAAUCACAUGAAAAACUUAGCCUGACUUCAGGGGCGACCUGAUGAAGAGAUGAAGAUCAAAAUAAAAAAACUCAAACAAAUAAUUCAUGAGCAUGCAUAGGUGUGGGAAGGUAGGAUGGAU